UGUUUUGGUGCGUGUGUACAAUGUUUCCAGCGCUUAUGCACUGUCUCCACUCUCAGCUUAUUAAAACGGAGAUGACCAAGAGGAAGAGAGACAAUAAUAACUUCAGCAUCGCACUCAAGUCAUUGUCAACAUACUUAUUAUCUUAGCCCUAUCAAGUGACCACAACCUUUCCAAGACGAAUAGAUUUAGCCAAUUUGAAUUCUUGUUAAAUGGGCAUUUCCCGGAGACGGGAAGUAUUGCUAUUGAAAUGUUUAGUAUUUUAUGUUAAAAAUGCAACUACUGGAUUUUAUUUCAUAACUUGCUCUGCGUUUUUGUUUGAGAAGUGGACAACAUUCUGACGGAAUAGUAUCGCCUUCAUACUUCAAACCAAAAGGACCUUGCGCAGGUGAAAAGUUGUCCAACUGAGUUUUUUAUUUGGCGCUUUGGGAAUUUAAAAGGGAAUAAAGAGACUUAGGAACUGAUGAUGACGAAGACUGUCAAAUUUAUCACCGGAAUAUUUAUAGUUUUCCAGUAUCAAAUAGCUCAUGUGGAAUUGAUGCCUGCCAGUGGUCUGGGGAGUGUGUCUGAGGACCAGGGAUCCUCCAGCCAGAGGUGGAGGAGGUGGCUGGCCAUCCCCAGGCCGGGUGCCCCGAGCUGGGCCAGUGACGACCGCCACAGCCACUACAAGGACCAGGAUGACCUACUGACUGAGGAGAGACAUGACAACAGAUCCCAGAUUGAAGACAUGAACCAUAGCUACUACACAUCUAAGAUCUACGGGGCUACAGAGACUGCUGGUAAAUAUCUGUGGGUGGACAUAGAUCAGCUGGACCCAGGGAAGGGGAAGAUCCACGGCCUGCUGUCCAACACACACAGACAAGCAGCGAGUGUUCAUCUGUCCUUUGACUUUCCGUUCUAUGGUCACAUACUCAGAGAAAUCACAGUGGCAACUGGUGGUUUCAUCUACACAGGCGAUGUCAUCCACAGGAUGCUGACGGCCACUCAGUACAUCGCCCCUCUGAUGGCCAACUUUGACCUCAGUACGUCCACAAACUCGACCAUCAGUUACUUUGACAACGGUACAGCCUUAGUAGUCCAGUGGGAUCAGGUUCACCUACAGGACAGUGUAAGUCAAGGCCCAUUUACCUUCCAGACCGCUCUGCACAGCGACGGACGCAUCGUCUUCGCCUACAAAGAGGUUCCCAUUGACAUCAGUGAGAUCAGGUCAGUGAACCAUCCUGUCAAAGUGGGCCUCUCAGACGCAUUUGUGGUGCUUCAUGAGAUUGAGCAGAUACCCAAUGUUCGCAGGAGGACCAUCUAUGAGUACCACAAAGUGGACAUCCUCAAGUCCAAGAUCGCCAACUCAACAGCGGUUGAGAUGCUUCCUCUGCCCACUUGUCUUCAGUUCUCCAGCUGUGGACCUUGUAUGUCAUCUGAGAUCGGCUUCAACUGCAGCUGGUGCAGCAGACUGCACAGGUGUUCCAGUGGCUUCGACCGGCAUCGUCAGGACUGGGUAGAUAAGGGCUGUCCUGAAGCGGGGAAAAACCAGAGCUGUGUUCAGAUGGUUCACACCAACACCACAACACCUUACAAUGUGCCUAACGCUCACACUACAACCACUCCAGUUGCCAUGACAAGAACAGUGCGACAGCGGACUACCACCUCCAUCACCACAACUACCUCCUCUACCACCACUACCACUGCCACUACUACAUCCAGAGCCAGACCUAGCCCCACUGUCACCACUGCCCUCCCCUUCACCAGUACUCCUACGGUGGAUGACACUAAGUUUUCCCUGCACACUGAAAAAGAAUCGCCUGCUGAGGUGGACGAGCCAGAGGAGGAGCAGAGAGAGGUGCGCCUGCAGACUGGUCUCCUGGUGGGCAUCUCGCUGGUCAUGAUCACCAUGGCAGCAGCCAUCAUAGCAACGGUGUACAUGUACAACCACCCGACCUCAAGCGCCAGCCUAUUCUUCAUAGAGAGGCGGCCCGCGCGCUGGCCAGCCAUUAAGAUGAGGUUCUGUCGCAGCUCAGGGAACCCUGCGUACGCCGAGGUGGAGGAUCCAGGGCUGGAGAAGGACGAUCUGGUGGUCAUCGACCCCAAACACACCUUCGUCAUCUCCGGCCACGACCGCAGGGAGAGCUUCAUGGACAGCAAGGAUGGAUUCAUCGUCCCCAACCAAAGAGAACGGUUCCUGUCAGACCAUUGCUGACCGGACCUGACUGGAUCUAAACGGAUCUGACUGAACCGGACCUGGCCAAAACUAACCAGACCUGACCAUUCAGGAGGCUUUGGAGAGGAACUAGUAUUUGCAUUCUAACUAAAGUGCAUGAAUAAAGGAACAGACAGGAUUUGUAAGAGACCAUGUUCAGACACUUAGAGGACAAAUGGAAGUUUGUUGGGGGGUAAAAGCUCAUUUUUUUGUUUAAACCAACACGUUUGGGCCUUCUUCAGUUCUACCGCGGAAGUGGAAUUCCUUGAACUAAUAGAUGGCCUUUUAUUUAGCACGUACAAACGUCAAGGUUCAGAGCUGCUGAGGAAGAAAACUAGCUGAUUUUUAAAAAACAAUGAAAUAUAUAAGCUAAGAAUGUCAUCAGCAUGUUGACCAGGUUUUGUUUUUCCUGGUGGAAUGCACUGCUACAGCUGACUGGAGAUGGAAAUGGCAGUGCCUCAGUAGAAUCUCAGGCCGACUCAGAGUGACUCAACUCAACGACAGCUACAGGACAAUCUUGAACAAUGUGCUGAUGAUUCUCUACUGUACAUAUGCUUAACCUGCUGUCAUUUUCAUGACAUUUGAAACAUUUGUGAUUUGUGUGAGAAUGCUGUGAUUGCAGAGGACAGGACACAUAAUACAUUAAACUGGACAGAUUAAUUAACCUAUACCUCUCAGGUAAUUUAGUCGUGUUUACUAAAUGCAGGCCUAAGUGCAGGUGGUGGAGGUAGAAUGCUGUUGAAUGUCUAUGGAAAACAAAGGCAAGAGCACUGUUUGGGUGAAACAAGUGGAUGUUAGAAGAUGCUCCUGGAAGCACUCAUUGGAACAUAAAGGUUGUGUUUAGAGAGUCAGCCCAAUUCUGAUAUAUUUUCCACUAAUUGGUCUUUUGACCAAUCAAAUCAGAUCAUUUCACAUCAAAUACUUUUCAGCGCUGAUCUGAUUAGUCGAUUGAAUUGGGUUGCCUGUCUAAAUGCAGCCAACAAACUAUCAAAGUCUGUUUCCAUAAAGAUGGCCUUUACUUCUCUAGUAAGAAGUCCUGGGAAGAUUUCAAUUACAUACUCCUCGUGUCCUCUCUCCUCAUCUACUUCUCAAAAACCCAUUGGAGGGGUGGGAGAGAGGACGCGAGGAGUAUGCAAUUGAGAUCUUCCUCCUGUGUUCAGAAUGUCAGUCACUGGUGCCACUUCCUCGGCUCAAAAACCCAAACAAACGUAUUUUUCCAACUCCUUAAACUGUAAGGUUAGGCAAGCUCUGUGUGUGGAUGAAUCUCAAGAUUGAUUACUUCAAGGCUUUAGUUCAUGACUUUGUUCAUACAAUUGUAAUAGCAGAGGACAUCUACAGGCAGCCUACACAGUGAAACAUCUAUCUGUAGGAGCACAAUGAUAAGCAAAAAGUACUACCAUUUUUAUUUUAUUGUACAUAAUUUACAAUGUAAAUUUAUACAUCAGAUGCACAAGGUUCCAAAGAACUAACAACCAUAUGAGACUUUCUGUCUACCUGAAAGUAUAAUAUUCUGUAUGACCAAUAUUCAACAGAUAAUUAAUACAGUAUAAGACAAAUCACUGCUGAUUGUUUUAU